AUGGGCAGAAGGGACGCCCAGCUGGUUUUUUCUUUGCUGUUGUGUAUCUUCACCCAGGUGUGGUGUCAGCUGUGUACUGGGCCAUGUCAGUGUCCAGCCACAGUGCCGCGAUGCCCUGUUGGCAUUCCUCUGAUGUUUGACAGCUGCGGGUGUUGCCAGCUGUGUGCCAGGCAGGACGGUGAGGCCUGCACCGACCGGCUGCCCUGUGACACACAGCGAGGGCUGCAGUGUGACUACAGCGCCAGCUUCCCUGGAGGACCGGGACAGUGUGUCGGUCAGAAUGAGCUGGGCUGUGAGGUGAAUGGCAGGAGGCUGGAGGAGGGACAGGUAUUUCAGCCUUCCUGUGCCCUGCUCUGCCACUGCCUGGGAGGAGGUAUGUCCUGUGUACCGCUCUGCAGCGACGAUCUGCAGAGGCCCGCUGAUAAGUGCCCCAACCCCCAGCUGGUGCGACUACCGGGGCGCUGCUGCAAAGAGUGGGUGUGUGAUGGCCUGGAGAAUAAUAUUUCCUCAAAUCCAUCAGCAGCAGAGCAGGCGCGUCAGGACCACGGGGGUGGGCUGUCUGGCCUGUUGUUUGGCCCGAUCUCCAACUGUAUCGAGUGGACCUCAGACUGGAGCCCCUGCUCUCACAGCUGCGGCCCAGGUGUCUCCACCCGCACCACCAACAGGAACUGGGCUUGUCUCUUUCAGACUGAGACCAGACUUUGCCAGGUCAGGCCAUGCCAGACUCUGCUGCUGGGGCUCCAAAGACUGAAAUCGGGGUUGAGCGUGUGUGAGAGCAGCUAUAGUUCACCUCUUUCCAUUCAGCUUGAACACCAGGGCUGCUGGAGCACCAGAGCCUACCGUCCCAGGUUCUGUGCCUUGACCUGUCCGGAGGGAGGCUGCUGCAGCCCCUCCCAUACUAGGACAGUCCGGAUGGUUUUCCGCUGCCCCCAGGGCAGGCUCACCCAGCAGCAGGUGAUGAUGAUCGAGUCCUGCUCCUGCAGCAUCUCCAACUGCCCCCAAUCCCCAGCCACAGCUGCCCGGACUGUCCUGCCCUGGCUUUGAGGGGCAUCCAGCUACAAGACAGAUAGGCAGGUCCCGUCUGUGAGGAAACUAGAGGAUAAAGAUGAUCACAUGUACACACAUAACAAUGUGGCAGUGCAGGAAGUUGAGUCAAUGUUUCAAAAUUAUGUAAAUUCUACAAUAAGGAUGUAAAACUUGAGACUCCACAAUAGUUGUGUAAAUUUGAGGAAGUGUAUCCACAUGUGCAAAUACAACGUUUUGUAUAUGUGCACUCAUGUUUGAUAGUACAAACUAAGAUUUAUGCAAUACUCUGUAUCCAGAUUUAAAGACAAGCAAAAAGUAACCUUAUUCACAUUUUAUCCCAUAUUACUCUAUUUCUAUGUUCCUGUUACCAUGUUAGCAUUUGAAUCCUGUCCACUCAGAUUUGUACUGAUGUGAAAAUGUGUCUGACCCUGCACAACUGGGACAUCAACAAGCUUAAGUGUCUGUGAUAGUUUGAGAAAAACAAGGCCUCAGUGACAAUACAGUAUCAUCCAUAGGUUCCUGAUUAAAUGUUGUGAAGACUUGCGUUUAGCUUGAGGGCUCACAAACCAACAGAAAGCUAUUCACCCCUGCAUUUCCCCUCAGCUCCACAGAGUGUUUUAGUGUCUUUCAGCUCAUCGUUUUGGUUCCAACUCAGAGCUCUCAUAACUUUGUUUCCAGCAGCAGCAAGCGACAGCUGUUUUCAGUGAAAAAGCUCUUAUAAAGCCUCUGUCCACUACCUGCUCAGCAGCAAACAGCAGACAGACCCGGUCAAAGACCAGCUGGUGCACACAGUGGAGCCUUUAGCAGCUAAAGAGCCAGAUGUUUCCCUCAGGAGCUGGUGGAGACUAAAAACAGAGAGUAAAUAUAGGACUUGCAUUCAUCAAGUUCCUGGAUUAAUAGAAUGAUGAAUU